AUGCACUUCACCACCUCCACCGUUGCCAUCCUGGCCAUCGCCGCUGGCGUCUCUGCCGGUGUUUCUGGCAAGAAGAACGAGCCUCCUGUUGACCACAAGAAGGCCGCUUCCAUUCACGCAACCGGUGCUAGCACUGGCACUCACCCCACUGCGACCACUGGCACCCACCCCAUCGUCACUGGUGGCCCCAGCCACCACAACAACACUGGCCCCCAUGGCACCAGUUCCAUUGUUGUCACUUCCACCGCUGUCUGCAAGAACGGCAAGUGCACCCCAGUCGCCACUCCUACUGCCACUGGUGGUGCUGGCUCUGGCUCCAGCGGCUGGGGCUCUGGCUCCAACGGCUCUGGCUCUGGCUCCAACGGCGAGGGCUCCGGUUCUUCCAACGGCGAGGGCGCUGGCAACACCCCUGCUAGCCCUAGCUCCACCGGCUUCAUUCCCUCCAACCCUGGCUCUAAGGUCUCUGCUCCUAUUGCCGGUGCCCUGAUUGGCAGCGCUGCCUACGGUCUUAUGUUCCUCGCCUAA